AUGGCAUACGCUGAGGAACGAGAGAAAGUACAUGAACACGAAGCACAAGAACUGCAACAGUUUACCUUUUGUGAAAACAACAACAGCUCAGUGGAGCCCGAUGAAAAACAAAAGAAGAAACCGACAGAAAAUUUAUUUGAGCAUGCUCUUUUAAAUUGUGAAAAAAUUGAAGUACAAUGUUUUCCAUUUUUGACUACAGAUUACCAAGGGCAACUGGAAUCGGUAGAAGAAGAAGACAGUGAUGAAGGAAGGUUUGUCAACGGAAUAACUAAGGAUUUGAUACAAAAUAAAGAGGAAAUCACCUUAAUUUGGUUUGAUAAUACUAUUGACCUAAAUGAUAAAGCUAUCAGACGUUCAACGCAAAUUUAUCGAGAGAUAAAUGAUUAUAUAUUAUUUUAUACCGAACAAACCAAAUGUAUUAAUUAUAUUGAAUCAAUUAAAAAUGAAAAAAUAUUUUUUGUUGUAUUUGUUUUAUGUGCAAAGGACUUAAUUUCAAAAAUUCAUUCACUUAAACAAAUUCAUUCAAUAUUCGUGUAUUGUACUGAGAAUAAACAAAAUUACGAAUAUUUAUUAACUGACUACACUAAAGUACUUGGUAUAUUCAAAGAUCAGCAAGCUCUUGUGAAAUCUAUUAAAAGUAAUCUUCGAUUAGUACAAAAACAAUCCUCUAUUUUCAAUUUAUAUGAUCAACAACAAAAGUCAUUUCGCAAUUUAACUAAAGAAUCGAGUUCAUUUUUAUGGUUUCAGUUGUUCAAAGAAAUUGUUCAAAAAAUGUCGCGAACAGAAAAUGCAAAAAAAGAAAUGCUUGAAAAAUGUAGAGCUUAUUAUUAUGGAAAUAAGAAAGAACUUACAAAUAUUGAUGGAUUUGAAUUGACAUAUGUUUCCAAUGAAGCAAUAUUUUGGUAUACCAAAGAUGGUUUUGUACAUAAACUCAUAAAUAAAGCAUUAAGAACAGAAGAUAUAGAUGCAUUAUAUACAUUUCGAUUUUAUAUAUUCGACUUGUGUUCAUGUCUCAUGAUUAAACACGAACAACUAAAAGCGCUACUAU